AUGAGGCUGCUCAACUGUCGGACCCUGCAGCUCGAAUGGUUCGCGGACGAUAGCAUUCCCGAGUACGCGAUCCUGUCGCACAGAUGGGACAAAGGAGAGGUUGAGUUCAAGGACAUGCGACAUCUUUCUAAAGCUCGGCGAAAAGAAGGCUUUGCGAAAGUUCGAAAUUCGGCGAAGAGGGCAUUCAAGAAACAUGAAGUAGAAUACAUCUGGAUCGACACAUGCUGCAUCAACAAGGAUAGCAGCGCAGAGCUUUCGGAAGCCAUCAAUUCCAUGUAUGCAUGGUACAAGAACUCAACAGUUUGUCUGGUUUAUCUCUCCGACGUACCGGGAGACGAGCCUAUCACGAGUAAUUCAAGAUUCGGGGGAAGUGUAUGGUUUACACGCGGAUGGACGUUACAGGAGUUGAUAGCGCCCGAAAGAGUCGAGUUCUAUCGCUCAGACUGGAGCUCCUGCGGCACAAAACAGGACCUUCAAAAAGUCGUUGCCUGUAUCACUCGCAUUCCGGAGUCGGUCCUUGGAGAUGGCAACCUGGAGCAGUAUUCUGUCGCACAGAGAAUGUCAUGGGCAUCGGACCGCGAAACCACACGAGUGGAGGACGUGGCCUACAGUUUGAUUGGAAUCUUCGAUGUCAACAUGCCAAUGAUAUACGGAGAAGGAAAGAAAGCUUUCAUGAGGCUACAAGAAGAGAUCAUCAAACGUUCCAGCGAUCAAUCGAUUUUUGCUUGGACAAAUGCUCGGAAUAAGCCCACUUUGCUGGCCCCUUCACCUGCAUACUUCAAGGAUUGCGAUGAUGUUUCCUACGGGAGUCACUUCGCCUCGAGCGGGCAUCUCAAUCCUUACGCGCUCACCAACACAGGCCUAGAAAUUCACCUUGCUCUGUUAGCCUGGUCGCUAGACGUCUAUGUUGGACUGCUUGGAUGUUCUCGGAUGCCAAAACGGGCAAAAAAGGGCAGAAGGAUGUCAAUCGGAAUAUUUCUGUUCUACAGUGAUUCUGGAAGGUAUUAUAGAACAACCUUUGAAGGUCUGCGUAGUAUAAGUUUCGAGGACUCUGAGAUGCGCGCGUUUCUCUCGGGGGGCCAGGUGAUACAUGGAAGAACAGUGUUGAUUCAUCCAACAAUUGUCAGGAACUUCAACUGUCUCUAUGGCUUCAGGAUCAAGCAAGGAAUUCCCAACGGCUUUUGGCAGGUGGCUUCUGCGAAGGCGAACCUGUUGGCACAUCACUGGGAUGCAGAAUCUGGAGAAGUCUCCAUCGACGAAGGCACGGCAGGGACCGUUGCAGUUAUUUUCUUUGACGGCUUGUUCGAUUCGUUUGGUCAGACCACGUUCAUGCAGCUUGCGUUCGACGACUACUUCAACCCGUGCUGUUUGAUUGGACGCUGCGAUAGAGAUCAAUUCAAUUCCUUCAGGUUUGCCAUUGGCCAAAGCGAUAUGUUAAGAGCUUAUCCCCGUCGUCCGUCCCCUCGCAGCCCAGGUGACCGGGAGAAAUUUCCCAAAGCUUCCUGGGCGAAAGAAGAGGAUGGAUGGGCGGUAGCAAUCGGCAAUUGGAAAACGAAGAAGGUCGAUGUUUCCGGUCGUGGUAUGUGCCAUGCUUACAAACUCACCACACGAACACAACUAUUUCCCCCCAAAUUCGACCUCCUUAAGACUGCUUUCCCAGGAGUUUACAUUGCUUUCGACCGGUUUUGGAGAUCGGGCCUCAAAACCCCCCGUUCCUGGCAAUUCAUCUACCAUUUCCCGGAUGCACCAGUCGACGCAGGUAAUCAUCGCCUCGUCCACAGCAGCUCAACCCCAGCACUCCUCAAUGGUUAA